AUGCUGAAAGUGAAACCCUACGUCUGCAGAACCGACUGUUGCUUCUCAAUCUCCUUAAUUCAUGUCAAUUCUCGCAUCCUCAAUCCUUUCUCGCUCCGCCAUUCGCAACCGCAUCCAUCUCUCACAAUCACAUGCGCUAAGAGACGCGGUUGGUUCCAACCAUCCAAUCCAGCAAUUCUGCAACUGGCUUCCACCGUUGCAUUCAAUCUCAAGAUCUUGCCGGAGCCUUUCAAUUCCAUCGCCGGUGAAAUCUCCCGUGGGGAUUGUGAUACUCUGAGCCACCUAGUCGGUGGCGGGCGAGGGAAAAUAGCUGGCAGAUGGAGGGCGAAGAAGAAGAAAUCGCUAUGGUUCGUAUUCGUUUUGAUCUGCGUUGCAGGCGGUUUGUGGUCUUGGAAGAUUCGAGAAUUUGACCUGUUUUUAAGGGUUUUGUCGUUUUGUCUCGCUGCGAUUUCGUUUAUUCGGUUGCUGUUGGGACGGAAAGCGGUGAGAGAAUGGUUUUUAGGGUUUUUGUUUGGGAUUGUUUUGAUUUUGAGUUCCAAAUUGGGGAAAGAGGACAUGAAGUUUUGGAGUCAGAAACUGGUCUCUUUUCCCAUUACUCAGACUAUUUGUGCUCAAUGGUUCUUGCAUAUUGCAAAUGAGAGUAAAUGGCUGAGUGGGGUGGAAGAGUUGCAUGUAGACAGAGAGGCUACGAGGUUGCAAUCGGGUGCUUCUUCUCACCACAUUCGAGUUCUCAGAGACUCAAAGAUGUCGGUGGAAGAUUUUUGUAAUGGGUCAUGUAGUGGUGUUGAUAGUUCUUCUGACUAUGGGGAAUGUGUUGAAGAUGCUGAUGAUGCUACAUCUCAUCACGAUGGUUGUACUGAAGAUGAGGAACACAGUAGUUGUACGGAAGAUGAGGAGAGUGAUGAUCCUGAGAAAGGUUAUGUGGCUACGUUGUUCCUUCCUUCGCGUCCUACUAUAAAGGAAUUGUCUGAUAUUUUUGGUGCUACAAAGAAUGGACUAAUGCUGACUGGAAGUGCGGCUAAGGGGCCAUUUGGGCCUUCUGUGGGACGUGUGGAUAUUGGAGAGUGUGAAGAUUCCUACCUGUUUCGUGUGUCUCUUCCUGGAGUCAAGAGGGAAGAAAACGAAUUCAGUUGUGACGUUAGCUGUGAUGGGAAAGUAUUGAUAUCUGGAGUAACGAUGACGGGAGAGAAGACAGUAUCCAUGUACAAUCAGGUGUUUGAAAUGCAAACUUUCAACCUUUGUCCACCAGGUGAAUUCACCAUCUCGUUCCAGCUGCCUGGCCCCGUUGAUCCGCUUCAAUUUGAUGGUACUUUUGGCACUAAUGGGAUUCUUGAAGCAAUUGUUAUGAAAGUGAAACGUAUGUCACGUUUUGUUCCUCAGAGAAACAAUGAAAAGUUAGUUUGA